UAACAUUUGUUAAGGAGAAAAUUAAGAUUAGGGGUCAUUUAGGAAUCACAGCAGAGAUUAACUGGUAGAUUUCUGCAUUGUGUUCUGGCAUGUUUUCGGUAUGCACUUUGCAGGGUAGAAUUCAUUAAUCCUUCCACUUUAUUGUGGAAAGGGAAAGUUUGUAAAGCAAUUUGACCUCUGCUUGUGUCUGCUUCCACGUUUGUGCCCGUGUUUCAAACCAAUUUAUUUGUCACACCCGGUGGUGGUAGGCUGCUUUUUCUGAAUCUGAACUGUAGCUUUGUAUGGUGCUGGUUUUUGCCCUGCAGUAGUAGGCAGAAAGCCUAGAGGAUGCUGCACCCUCUUAUAAUCCCUUUUCUGCCCCUGCAGUCUUUCAAUGCAAUAUCUAGAUCAGUGGGGAGUUGAAAAUUGAGUGGAUGUAUGGCAGGCAAAUGGUCCUCUCCGUAGUCAUGUUCUGCUGGUUUUGAACUGGUGAGGUCAGGAGGCUGAUCCUGGUUCGAACGACUGUGGCAACCUCCAUAGCAACUAGCAAACAGUGGCAGCAAAUGGCUUCCUGCAUCAAACAGGCAAAAGGGCAAGACUUCUGCAUUGGGACUAAAUCUGAAUCAACCAGAUGUGGUGUUCUCAAUAGCUGGUAAGUUUGAAAUGCUGAUGUGUUGAAGUACUUAGAGUUAUCCAGAAAAAAACCCUCAUAAAGUGUUGUGCCAUUGCCUUUGUUAGUGCCCUGUUUUAUAUAGAAAUCGGGGACCUGGCUCUCAGCAGGAACAGCACUGAAUGGAUUUAAAAUGUGCUUUAAUGUAGAACUGACAGUUGCAUUGCUUUGCAAAGUGUUACUGAUUCCAUCUUUCUUUCGUUUAUAGUAGGGGAGUUUGUGGAGUUGUGAAACGAGAGCAUAUUGUGUUGAUUUGCUGACUUAAAGACAUGUUUUGCAGCAGUGAAUGCACUCUCCUUGCUGGGUUUGGUGUGUUAGUUUUCUGAAAUUAUGUAUAUUUGGGAGGCCUCCUAGAAAGGACUCCCAGAUCAUAUCUCUUAGGUGAGAGACAAAAUAACUCUGAAACAUAAUAUGAGCACUUAAACUGUAUUUUGUAAAGUAAAUUGGGCGCUUAAAACUUAUAUGUUGUUGAAUUUCCAUGUAAAUUCUACCCUAAGCGUGCUAAACAUUUCUAAGCAAUAUUAAAAAAAAAAAAAGAAAAAGGAAUGGAAGCUUGUCUACUGUAUCUUGUCGGAUUACCAGAGAUAGCAUCACAUCAUCAAUCUUACUGUGACAGCCUCUGAAUAGUUAUCACUUGUCAAAUCUGAGCAUCUCAUUCUUUCUCGUGGCAAGCCAUAAUCCUACUCUUAUAAAACAUGACAGGACAGCUGAAAGAUGAAAAUAUUUCCUCUCAAUACCUCACUAUAAAUAAAACAAGUAACAGGAAACUGUAACCUAACAUCAUGUUCAGAAACUGUCAUGUUUACUCAGCUUGUCAACUUCAGCUGUAGCUUCUGUUUCAGCUUGUAAAUAGGGAAGGUUUGGCUGGGGCUGUGUACCAGAGAGCUUUAAAGGAGGGUGUAGGUGUAAGAGGAAAACAAACGUUGGAGGGAGGUGAAAACUAUUGCUUUCCUGGGGAUUUUCACAGCAUUUCUAGUUUCCUUGGGUGUUUCUGUCCCUCUACCAGGUUGGGAUUUGGGUAACUGAAGAUCACUGAAGUCAGUGAUAUGGGUUCGUCUGACCAAAUGCCAGUCUGGAUAUUUUGGAUUCAUUCUUUUGAAAUAAAAAUAAACAAUUAACAAAAGCUACUGUGUUCUUGAGGUACACUGGAAACCAUUUGCUUGUGUUGAAAAAUGCUGGUACAUUGUCUCUUUCAUACCCACAGAUCACAACUGAGUCCUGCAGGUGGCUGCUUUUGCAAGAAUGGCUCGUUCGGAAGGGUUCCUGCCUGCAGGUCACCGGUACUGCAGUGCGAUGCCAGCUCCAGACAAGUUCUCGUGCUCCAGCGUGGUACCUACUGUCAGCCCCUGCUGCAGGACCUCUUUUGUAGGGCAUCCUGCCUGGAUCGCCGAGCCCCUCACCCCCCAGAGGUGCCAGUGGAUUUGCCACUGCCUCCCCUCCCUUGGCCCAGCACAAAAGAGGCUGAGCACAUCCGGAAGAUCAGUGGGCAUCGACAGCAACGUCCCUGUGCUGGUGAGAGGGGAACAAGAUGGAUUUUAUUACCGUGGUACAGUAAAAGAGGAGAUAGAGAGUGAAAGAGGCACAUUCCUGGUGGAGUUCGCCAGACCACUUGUGUCACAUGGAAAGCAUCCAGUGUGUGUGGGAAAAGCAGCAAAGGAUGACAUCCUGGAAUAUACAAAUGGGAUGAAGCACUCCUUACUCCCUGGAGACAAAGUGCUGGCACCCUGGGAGCCAGAUAUGGUCAGGUACGGCCCAGGCACUGUCCUCACGGGCAUUGAGACAAGGGAACCCUUACGAGCCUCAGAAGAUGAAGAAAUUAUGGUCCAGUUCUGGAAUGACAAGAAAGUGAAACUCCCGCGAGGUGUGGCUCUGUGGAUCCCUCCUAGCCUGUGGGAGAGGAUUGUAGAGAUGAUCCACAUGCCCUUCAUCAGCAGGAUGAAGCCCAGAGAAAGUCUGGAGACUAACUCUUGUCUUUUUUCCUGCUGUCUUAAACCAGCCCUGAUUACUGCUUAUGCUGUACAUAGCCUUGCCAAACACUGCUUUCUCUGCUCACCCUGCUGGCCACACUUCCACCAUCACUGUGAUGGUAUAUGCUGUUUGUCAGCAUAUGUAAGGUGCAUCUGCUGCUGCCGCCGUCCCUGUGUUGAUGCCUGGUGGCCUCUUCCACCCAGGUCUCUGGUCUUUCAGAGCGAAACCAAAGAGGCAGAGUCUGGCAGCGAGCCCUCUCCCUGCCUUCUAGAACUGAAAGGCCCGAAGCAAGAAGCAGCAGCAGCAGCUGUGGCAGCAUCUUCCCCCUCUUCUGAUUCAGAGUGUGACCUGGAGCCAUUCCCCACUAAGAGUACUGUGGUGGACAGUGCUGUGAACACAGGCUCCAGCUGUCUGGAGAAGCCCAGGCUAAAGGAUUCUGCAAGACCCAAGUGGAAAUACUGGGAAAGAAGCCACAAGUCCCAUCCCAGUAAUUCAGGGCCUGGCAGUCGCAGCAGCACAUGUACAAAGGGCAAGCUGGAAUCCAAAGCCAUCUCCACUGGGGACAGGUCCCGUGUUGCUCUGACUAAUCAGCGUGCAGUGUUUGAAACCGUCAAGCAGUCUCCCAGAGGGCAACUCACAAUGAAAGAAAUCUUAAGAGACCAAGAUUUCAAGCUGUCACUGGGGGUAAGCAAGCACAGAAAAGAAGAAAAAAGCUUGCAGGAAGAAGGGGAAGAUGAAAGAGAAUGGCAAGAUGAACAGAGACACUGGUCUGCACAAGAGCAUCAAGGGUACAGUUAAUAAAUUGUAUAUCAGAAAUCAGAUAUUAGCUCCUCUGUACCUUCAUGCUCUUGCUACUGUGAGCUGACUGCAGAGUAAAACUUUGAAUGUGCUAAACUUGCAUGAUUUUCUUAAGGAGAAGAUUAAUCUGCUAAUGACAUGUCUUAGUGAGCAGAGAAUAUACUGGAAUGUAUUUUGUAUUCUCACAAUCAUAGGUAUUAAUUUUUAAGCAGAUGCCUACCAACUUAUUACCUGUAUGGUUCCUACUUUAUUAUUUAAAUAAUCAUGAUUACCCACCUUUGCAAUUGCUUUCCUAGGAAUUUUUAGGCCAGUAUGGAGCUCCAGGCAGACAUGCUCUGUAUUAGCAAGUGUCACAGCUGUGCACUGAAGUGACAUGCUUUGCCUUUUGGUAGAACUAAAAAGAAACCAGAGCGGUUUCAUUCUAGCCCCAAACCAGCAGCAUGAAUCACAUUAAUGGAUGCAAUGUGGUAAUACAGAGUAUAACGACAUACUUUUAUUCCUGUAAAAUAGCCCUUGGUCUCUUUGAACCCAGGGGAUACAUUGCUACUCCUUGAGAUAGCUGAAGCAGUUUUAUUGUGUAACACAGCCUGCAUAAGAAGUAACUUGCAACAAACAAGUGAAGCUGGAGAGCGGGCUUCCCAGAUGUGCUCUCUGUGGUGCUGAUGUCCUCCCACUGUAGUCAUCAAAAAUUCUCCUAGCUUCUAAAGAAGCAAAGUUUUUGGUCAAAGCCUAACAGCUUCUGGAAAUCCUUUGGUCUUACAGUGCACUUCUGUGUUUCAGCAGUAAAGUUUGCACUAGCACAGAAAUGAUACCAUUGUUAAAGCUACGUGAGGCAGAGGUACCUAUCUUACAGCCAGCAAAGCAGCAGUUACAAAGACACUGGUGCUGUUUUUUUAGACUAGAGUUCCAAGCGAUUUGUUUUUGUUCUCCAGGAAGAAGGCUUUGCAGCAUCAGAAAAACAAAGAUAUAAAGCAGCAAGAAAGAAAACAGA